UGGCGUCAGUCAGGCUGGGAGCGCUAAGCGCCGCACUGACGGUGCGGGGCUUGGGAUUGAUGUCACUGGAGGGCUGCGCGUCUUCUGGCUCUUUGCCGGGCGCUGGGUCUGCUCUUGUGUCACGGUCGGCGUGCGGCGGCUCCCGCAGCACCAUGGCUUGGAUGUUCAUGAGAGAUUCUGCCUGGAAAUACUUACAAUCUGCCCAUCAUGGAGGAGAUAGGAACUAUUCCCAUUAUACCUCUCGUGAUUUUUAUUCUCAGUUUGGGUUAGAAGACUUUCUAUGUACAGAUGACAUUCCUGGGACAGAUGAAGAUAUGGAUUCAGCUGUCUUAUUUGGAACCUUGCGAGGAAAUGUGGUUGGAUUACGUUAUUACACAGGGGUUGUUAACAAUAAUGAAAUGGUUGCACUUCAGAGAGAGCCCAAUAACCUCUAUGAUAAAAAUGCAGUAAAAGUAAAUAAUGUGAAUGGAAACCAGGUAGGCCACAUCAAAAAAGAACUUGCAGCACCCUUGGCGUACAUCAUGGACAACAAGCUAGCAAUAGUUGAAGGGGUUGUCCCUUAUGGAGCACAGAAUGCCUUUACUAUGCCUGUGCAAAUGAGUUUUUGGGGAAAAGAAGAAAAUAAGCAACCUGUUCUAGAUAAAUUGAAAAUGCAUGGAUUUAAAUUGGCUCCUCCUUCAAAAAGUUCAGAAUUUGGUUUUGGAUCAAGCUGGGUUUCUGGGAGAGCUGGACCAAGCUAUAGUGCUCCAGGACAUGCUGCUAUGCAGAUGACAACAGAACAGCUUAAAAGUGAGUUUGACAAAUUGUUUGAAGAUCUGAAAGAAGAUGAUAAAACUCAUGAAAUGGAAGGAGCAGAGGCUGUUGGAACACCAUUACUCCCACACCAAAAGCAGGCUUUAGCUUGGAUGGUUUCACGUGAGAACAGUAAGGAGUUGCCACUGUUUUGGGAAGAGAAAAAUAAUUUCUACUAUAAUACACUUACAAACUUCGCUGAAAAAGAACGACCAGAAAAUGUACUUGGAGGAAUAUUGGCUGAUGAUAUGGGAUUGGGUAAAACACUUGCAACAAUUGCAUUGAUUCUUACCAACUUUCAUGAUGGCAAACCUCUUUCUGUUGAAAAGAUUAAAAGCGAUCAGUUGCAUAAGGAAUCUGUUGUCACUGGUGUGAAAAAUGAAGGACAUAAACUUUUGAAAGAGACCAGCUGUAAUGUGGAGCCCAGUAUUUCUAAUGUAAAGGAGAAGAGUGAAACUGUUCAGUCACAAUGUUCUAGUUCCCAACCAAAAAGAGCUAAAGCUGAGAAACCCAAAUAUACAGUAAGCAGUGACUCAGAAGAAUCUGAAGAGUGGCUACCACAACAAACAAGAAGCAAAUGUGAAAAAGAUCUCCCAGCAACCAGAAAGAGAAGUAAAACAGCUUCUUGCGUUAUUCAAGAAGACACAGGCUUUGCGUCUGCUCUUGCAUCUCCAUCCGCUCCAUUAAAAAAGAAAGCAAAGAAAAAAGGUACUGCAAUUGUACAGUCUGUUAAGAAAAAUGGUUCUGAAGAGGGUCCCAGAACAACACUGAUCAUCUGUCCGCUCUCUGUCCUAAGCAACUGGAUUGACCAGUUUGAACAACAUAUCAGAUCAGAUGUUCGCUUGAAUAUAUAUGUUUAUUAUGGUCCUGACCGCAGCAAAGACCCAGCAUUUAUUUCAAAACAAGACAUAGUACUAACAACCUACAACAUUUUAGCCAGCGAUUAUGGAAGCAGAGGUGAUAGUCUGUUACACAGAUUAAAGUGGCUGAGAGUGGUGUUGGAUGAGGGGCACACUAUUCGAAACCCAAAUGCUCAGCAAACUAAAGCUGCAUUAAAUCUGGAGGCACAGAGAAGAUGGAUACUGACAGGCACUCCUAUCCAGAAUUCCUUAAAGGAUUUGUGGUCUCUUCUCUCCUUUUUAAAACUGAAACCUUUUACUGAUAGAGAGUGGUGGCACAGAACAAUCCAGCGCCCUGUCAUGCUGGGAGACCAAGGGGGACUGAGGCGUUUACAGUCCCUAAUUAAAAACAUCACCCUUAGGAGAACGAAAACAAGCAAAAUUAAAGGAAAGCCUGUUUUGGAGUUACCAGAACGUAAGGUAUUUAUUCAGCAUGUUACGCUUACAGAGGAAGAGAGAAAAAUCUAUCAGUCUGUGAAGAACGAAGGCCAAGCUGCUAUUAGCAGGUAUUUUAAUGAAGGAACUGUUCUGGCACAUUAUGCAGAUGUCCUUGGUGUCUUGCUCAGAUUGAGGCAGCUGUGUUGUCAUCCUCAUCUUUGCACAAAUACAUCGUCUUCCAGUUGUCAAAUAGGUUAUAGUACUCCUGAAGAAUUACGUGAGAAGUUAGUAAAUAAAAUGAAGUUGGUUCUCAGCUCUGGCUCAGAUGAAGAAUGUGCAAUUUGCUUGGAUUCUCUGAACCUUCCUGUGAUAACACACUGCGCACAUGUGUUUUGUAAACCAUGCAUUUGUGAAGUCAUCCAAAGUGAACAGCCAAAUGCCAAAUGUCCUCUUUGUAGGAACGAACUUCGAGUAGAACAUUUGGUAGAAUGUCCUCUGGAGGAGUCGGAUUCUAGCCUUGAGAAGAAGGGUGAUCGGGAAUGGAUAUCCAGUUCAAAAAUCAGUGCUCUAAUGCAUGCUUUGAUAGACCUAAGGAAGCAGAAUCCAGCUGUAAAGUGUCUGAUUGUUUCUCAGUUCACCACUUUCCUGUCUCUAAUAGAAACUCCACUGAAAGAAUCAGGGUUUGUGUUUACUUGUUUGAAUGGGUCCAUGCCACAGAAGAAGAGAGUACAAGCAAUUCAGAGUUUCCAAGACAGCCAAAAAGGGUCCCCGACCAUAAUGCUGCUAUCCCUAAAAGCUGGUGGAGUUGGUUUAAAUCUGACAGCUGCUUCACGAGUGUUUUUAAUGGAUCCUGCUUGGAAUCCUGCUGCAGAAGACCAGUGUUUUGACAGAUGUCACAGACUUGGCCAGAAGCAAGAUGUUGUUAUCACUAAGUUCAUUGUGAAGAACUCAGUGGAAGAAAAUAUGCUGAAAAUCCAGAACAAGAAGAGGGAACUUGCAGCAGGAGCCUUUGCAUCCAAAAAGCUUACUGCUAGUGAAGUAAAACAAACCAAGAUCAAUGAAAUUAAGACUCUGAUUGAUUUAUAAUUUUGUAAGAGGAUAGGUCAAUCAUUCUUUCUGAAUGAAGGAUAUAGUACUACUGUUGAUGUGGCAUUAGUUUUUAUGUGCACACACUCCAUGUGUGUUUAUAAUUAUGCUGUUAGUAUGUAGACUGUGAAAUCAGCUGACAGGGAUAAAAAUUGGUUUGCCUAUUUAAAUGUUAAUUAAAAAAUUCUUUAAAUAUUUUUAUACUCAUUAAACUUAUAAAAAGUCAUAUUUCAAACUUACAGCAUUUCUGCAUACAAGUAGUUUAUUUGAGAAGUGGACCAAAAAAAAUUCAAAACAGAAUGAUAUAACUGUGCAUUCUUAUUUGUAAGUUUCUGACCUAUUUCUAGAAUGAAAAUGCAAAUUGUAUUUUUCUGGCACUGAAAAUAUGACCAUCUGCCCCCCAAAAAUGGAAACAUUAAAAAAUGUAAAUAAAAUGCAGACUAGAACAUAAAACUUUCUUUUAACCAAUCAGGUGUUGUUCAUUGUGUUUCAGGACAAAUAGUUAAUAGUAAUUGCAAAACUAAAAAUGUGGUAACUCUUUUUGAAGACUGAUAUUUAAUUAUGGAUUUGUUUUCUGUCAGUCUGUAUAGGUAGGUCUAAAAUAUUUUAUAAGUAAAACAUAGAGGAAGACACUUUUGUGUAUAAUGUACAGUUGCAACAGGGAAUGAAUGCUCCUCAAGAAUCCAGGAUUUUAUCAGUGAACUAUUUUAACUGUAAAUGUAAAAUACUUACAUUUAAUGUUUUCCUUCUGUUAAACAAUUCCAUUUAAGUGUAUAAAAAUUGUAAUUCUAUAUGAAUUUUUUUUUUGAUAUGUGGGAAAGAACACGUAAAUUCUGGUUUUAGCAUUAGUACUAUUACAUGUAACCAAUCUAUGUGUUUGGAUUUUGGAAUAUGUCACUAUAUGUAGUUUUGCUGUAUGCAAUAUACAAGUAUGUUUUUUUGUAACCCCACUUGGACAUUGGAAAAUAACUAAUUUCCUUUUUUAA